AUGGAUGACACUUCUCUCAACCAGUCUACGGCACCUGAGAAUGCUCAGCCCGUAACCGGCGCAGAAGGCUCCGCGAGCAUCACGAAUGCAGGCAGUGCCUCCGAAUCGCAAUCGCGCCAAGAGUCCCCCGAGAAGAAGUACGAGAAUACCACCGGAUCGGACAACCCUCUUGAUGCUCCUGCCUCGCCCAAGGGACAGAACGGCGAUGGCGAACCGGAGGAUGAGGAGAUGGGCGGCACCGAGACCGAGACGAAGCGCGAUACCGAGGGCUUGGAAGAUGCGGCCGGCGAGUCGCAACCUCCUGAGCAGGCUGGUGAGGGCCUUGAAGAUGCCGUUGGUGAAGAUCAACCCGCGCCAAGCAAGUCUUCCUUGGAGGCUGCUGCUCGGGAGCAGCUUGUUACGCAGACCCAUGCCAUCAUUCUUCCUAGCUACGCGACAUGGUUCGAUAUGAACACCAUUCACGAGAUUGAGAAGAAGGCUCUCGCCGAGUUUUUCAAUGCCCGUAACCGCAGCAAGACCCCGGCUACCUACAAGGACUACCGUGACUUCAUGAUCAACACUUACCGUUUGAACCCUAUCGAAUACUUGACUGUCACUGCUUGCCGUCGUAACUUAGCGGGUGAUGUCUGUGCUAUCAUGCGAAUUCACUCUUUCCUUGAGCAGUGGGGUCUUAUUAACUACCAGGUUGAUCCUCAAUCCCGCCCCUCCAACAUCGGACCCCCAUUCACCGGCCACUUCCGCGUCAUCGCCGAUACUCCGCGAGGACUGCAACCUUUCCAGCCUGGGCCGAACCCCGCUGUCACCGCGGGCAAGACUCUGCCCGCCACUGACCGCGCCGCCUCUGCGACCCCUGCAACCAAGGGCGAGGGACUCGACCUGCGCCGCAACAUCUUCGACGACAAGGGCAAGGAUGUUACCCCAUCGACCGAGGACAAGCAAACCAACGGUGACGGUACAAAUGGCAUCGAGCAGGAGCCUAAGAAGAAGUCGCACUGCUUCUCUUGCGGUAUUGACUGCACAAGACUUCGUUUCCACUAUGCCAAGUCUGCGCCCACAUCAACAAACCCCAACGCCCCCGACGCGAAAUAUGAUUUGUGCCCCAACUGCUUCUUGCAGGGCCGCAUGCCCUCCAGCCAUAAUGCCUCCGACUUCGUGAAACUCGAGGAUAAGAGCCACAGCCACGUCCCAGACAAGGACGCUCCGUGGUCAGAUUCAGAGCUGUUGCUUCUGCUGGAGGGUCUGGAGAACUUCGACGAUAAUUGGGAGCAAAUUGCUAAUCACGUCGGCACACGAACUCGCGAAGAGUGCGUGAUGAAGUUCCUCUCCCUCGAGAUUGAGGACAAGUAUAUUGAAGAUAUUCCCGAACUCGGCGCUCGCUCUGGCCGCGAUCCCAUCAACCAAUCUGAGAACCCUGUCCUCUCCGUCGUUGCCUUCCUUGCCCAAAUGGCCGAGCCCGCUGUUGCCGCCGCCGCUGCCGGUCGCUCCGUUGAAGAGAUCCGCAAGGAGCUCCGCAGCCAAUUGGAGAAGGGCGAUGGUAAGGGCAAGGACGUCAAGGCCGAGUCCGACUCCAUGGAUGUCGACCCCGUCCGCGAGGCCGAGCAGACCGCCGAGAAGCCGAAGGAGUCUGUCUCAACCGUUGCGAUGGCCGCCUCCGCCGCGCGAGCCGGUGCUCUUGCCUCGCAUGAAGAGCGAGAAAUGACCCGCCUCGUCGGCGCCGCCGUGAACGUUACCUUGCAGAAGUUUGAGAUCAAGCUCCAGCAGUUCAACGAGAUGGAGGAGAUCAUUGAGGCCGAGCGUCGUGAGCUUGAACAGGCUCGUCAGCAACUCUUCCUGGACCGAAUGGCAUUUAAGAAACGCGUUAAGGAGGCCCAGGACGCUUUGCAGACCGUGUCGCUUCAGGGCCCGAAUGAGCACACCAAUACCAUGCUUGCUAGUGCCGCCACAGCGGGCAUUGGGAACCAUUAUAGCUUCCAGCCCGUUGGUGGUGACUUGCGAGCUGGGGCUCAGCCUCUCAGUGCCGAGGCGGGCGCAGACUUUAAGUCGCUUGAUCUGUGA